CUUUAUUAUUUACUGCUGUUCUCCGAUCUGUCGUUCUGUGAGAAGCGUCUUUUGGUUCUUGGAUUUCAGCGCCGCUCCUCGUUCCUCUCGCUGACCUCUGAUCAGUUAACACACGGUGAUCUAAAUGUUCUCUGUUCUCCGUGAAUGGUCUUGCGGAUGUCCGGGCGACGCGGAGACGUGCAGCGGGCUACUGGUUAUAUUCCGUCUGAACUGGGGGCAGUGGUCGGCGCUGUGCCUUUGUCUAGCUGCGCUCCUAGUCGGCAUAGCUCCACUUCUCCACAGAAUCCUAGACUACAUAUCCGCAUCGCCCGAGAAGAGGGAUACCGACUGAUUAAAGCACGUGUACGGAGAGGAUGGGUUGUAAAGCGGUCCCAUUCAGUCCCAGUGGGUAGAAAAGACUAAUGAGGAAAGCUCCUGUGGUUCUGUCCGACCGCGUUUUCAGGACCCGCAGCAGUAGAGCUGUCGCUAAAUGACCCAAACACCCUUUAAAUUAAAUACAGGGGAACACACGUCGCGAUGGAUGCCAGAGAUUCCUAGUUCUCAUCCUGAUCUACACGUAUACGUGUGGAGAAAAGACCCUCCUGCAUCGAGGGCGGAGGGGAUUCCAUCACUCGCCUCGUCUCCCUCCUCGCGCCGUGGAUGGUGCCGCCAUGGGGAAGGACUACUACCAGACCCUGGGGAUCCCCAAGGCCUCCAACGAGGAGGAGAUCAAGAAGGCGUACCGCCGCAUGGCGCUGCGCUUCCACCCCGACAAGAACACGGAGGCCAACGCCGAGGACAAGUUCAAGGAGGUGGCCGAGGCGUACGAGGUCCUGAGCGACCCCAAGAAGAGGGCGGUCUACGACCAGCUGGGGGAGGAAGGCCUGAAGACGGGGGGCAGUGGCUCCUCCGGGGCCCCGGGGGGCUCCACCUACCACUACACCUUCCACGGAGACCCCCACGCCACCUUCGCCUCCUUCUUCGGGGGCUCCAACCCCUUCGACAUGUUCUUCGGCUCGCGGACCCACGGCCACCCGGGCCGGCCCAACGGCUUCCCGUUCCAGGGGGGGGGCGGGGGGGGGGACCACCACCCCGUCCACAACGAGGGCGAGCAGGACAUGGGCGACCUCGACGAGGACGACCCCUUCGGACACUUCCGGCAGUUCGGCUUCCCCACGGCGGGGGGCCUGAACAACGGGUUCCCCCCCGGCGAGGGGCGGCGGAGACGCGGGGGAGGGGGCCACUCGGACCGCCUGGGGACGCGGGGGCGGCAGCAGGACCCCCCCGUGCUGCACGAGCUGAAGGUCUCCCUGGAGGAGGUGUUCCACGGCUGCACCAAGCGCAUGAAGAUCACACGGCGCCGCCUCAACCCCGACGGCCGCAGCUCGCGCACCGAGGACAAGAUCCUGAACAUCGUCAUCAAGAAGGGCUGGAAGGAGGGCACCAAGAUCACCUUCCCCAAGGAGGGCGACGAGACCCCCGACAACAUCCCCGCCGACAUCGCCUUCGUGCUCAAGGACAAGGGCCACGCCCACUUCAAGAGGGACGGCUCCAACAUCGUCCACAGCUGCAAGGUCAGCCUGAAGGAGGCUCUGUGUGGGUGCACAGUCAGCAUCCCCACCCUGGAUAAGCGUGUCAUCGCGCUGCCCUGCCAUGACAUCAUCCGCCCGGGCACGGUGAAGCGUCUGCGGGGGGAGGGGCUGCCCUUCCCCAAGAACCCCUCGCAGCGCGGCGACCUCAUCGUGGAGUUCUCCGUCCACUUCCCCGACCGCAUCCCGCCGCAGUCCCGCGAGAUCAUCCGCCAGCACCUCCCUCAGUCGUAGAACACGACGCACACACAGACACACAGGA